UCUCUUUCUCUUUCUCUGCAUCUAAAUCCAAGCCAACAACAAAUAUUAUUCAGAGAUCACCAUUAAACACCCAUUUUCCUUCUAUUUCUUGUGAACCAUUUUUCACAUUCUCUUUCUCAUAUCUCAAAGAAAAAGAAAAAAUGUCUAAUAAUAUUGUUGUAGUUUUUGAUUUUGAUAAAACCAUAAUUGAUUGUGACAGUGAUAAUUGGGUUAUUGAUGAAUUGGGUUUCACUGAUUUGUUCAAUCAGCUCCUUCCCACUAUGCCUUGGAAUUCUCUCAUGGAUAGGAUGAUGAUGGAGAUUCAUUCAAAUGGUAAAACCAUUGAAGAGAUUGAAAAAGUUCUUCAAAGGAUACCAAUUCAUCACAGAAUAAUACCUGCUAUUAAAUCAGCACAUGCAUUAGGGUGUGAUUUGAGGAUUGUUAGUGAUGCUAAUACAUUUUUCAUUGAAACAAUUUUGAAGAAUUUGGGAAUAAGUGAAUACUUCACUGAGAUUAACACUAAUCCUGGUUAUGUUAAUCAACAAGGAAGAUUAAGAAUUUUACCUUACCAUGAUUUCAAUAAGGAUUCACAUGGUUGCAUUCUCUGUCCUCCAAAUAUGUGCAAGGGUUUAAUCAUAGAUAGAAUCCAAAAUACAUUUUCUGAAGGGGAGAACAAGAGGUUUAUCUACCUUGGUGAUGGCAUUGGAGAUUAUUGUCCUAGUUUAAGGCUUAGAGAGAAAGAUUUCAUGAUGCCAAGGAAGAAUUUUCCAGUGUGGGAUUUGAUAUGCAAAGACCCUUCACUUGUUAAGGCUGAAAUUCAUGGUUGGUGUGAUGGAGAAGAGCUUGAACAAAUUUUGAUUCAAUUGAUCAACAAAAUUAUCAUUGAGGAAAAUGCUCAAUUCAUUUCAAGUGAUUGCAAGCUACAAACUCUAUCAAUUCCUGUGCAUGAAACCUUGCCUAAAGCUCUUUCAGUUAGGCCAUAAAUUUUUAGUUUACAAUCAUUGCAAAUGUAUCAUAAAGUACUAAUUUUUCUUGUGUUUUGUUUGAUAUAAAUCAACCUUUUAUAAUGUUGCUAAUCAUGUAAUUGGUUUCAUAUGGAUUUGUAUUAUAACAUGCUAAAUAUCAAUUUGCCCUUGAUGGUGCUGGUUAAUUAUUCUAGUA